CACAGCACGAGUUUAGACUUCGUGAAAAAAAAAAAAAGUGAAAGAGCUGCUGCAAUCUUCGGGACGUGGUCGUCGGUCGACAUAGCCGCGACGCUGGAAAUGUACCUUAUUGGUCAAAUCAUCCCCAGUGAAGAAUUCUAUUGGGUCGUGUUUGUCACGACCUCCACACGCGUGGUCUCUCAGUACAAAUUAGCAGCUAGCUCGAAUUAGUAUUUACCUCCUCCCUCUUUUCUAAUAUCCACUUGUUUUUUCCUCUGUACAACAUUCAAAUGCACACCGCUCGCCUGUGUACACAAAAUCGGAAUGGCGCAAGCGGUGGAAGAGUGGUAUAGCCAGAUGCCGAUCAUAACGCGUUCGUACCUCACGGCCGCCAUUGUCACCACCAUCGGUUGCUCUCUCGAUAUAAUAUCUCCUUAUGAUUUGUAUUUGAAUCCGAAGCUCGUGGUUAAGCAAUACCAAAUCUGGCGUGUCAUCACCAACUUUCUGUAUUUCCGCAAGAUGGAUUUGGACUUUUUGUUUCACAUGUUCUUUCUCGCCCGAUACUGCAAGCUUCUUGAAGAGAACUCGUUUCGUGGUAGGACUGCAGAUUUCUUCUACAUGCUGUUGUUUGGUGCGACAGUGUUAACUGGUAUAGUACUUUUUGGCGGGAUGAUUCCAUACGUCUCAGAGUCAUUCGCAAAAAUCAUAUUCCUCAGCAAUUCUCUCACCUUUAUGAUGGUAUAUGUGUGGAGCAAGCAGAACCCAUACAUUCACAUGAGCUUUCUGGGCCUUUUCACCUUCACGGCUGCCUAUCUGCCAUGGGUCCUUCUGGGUUUCUCUGUCCUUGUUGGUGCUAGUGCGUGGGUGGAUCUUUUGGGUAUGAUAGCAGGCCAUGCCUACUACUUUCUUGAAGACGUGUACCCACGAAUGACAGGUCGUCGACCCCUCAAAACUCCAUCUUUCAUCAGGUCCUUGUUCGCGGACGAGCCCGUGGUUGCUGCCAGGCCAGCUAAUAUCAGAUUUGCUGCCCCACCUGUAGAUGAUGCUCAAUGGAAUUGAAAAAAAGGCCAUUGUGUGCCCACAAUGAAGUAAACUAUUUGACGGCUUGCAUAUCAUUUUCUCGUGUGUGAGGAGAAAACAUCGAGCUAUUAUGACUUGUGAGAAUGGAUUGGUUCGGGUAAAAAUACUGAAAAUUAUAUGUUUCUCCGAGGAAAAUGUAAAAUGUUAGGUGCACUCCAUAAUGGUCGGGCAUGCAGUUUCAAAUUAAUACUACCAACUUGGCGGACAAAAUAGCAAACUUAUUUGGUAUUUAUGAUUUUUAAGUCUUCCGUUUAUGAAGCAAACUAUUUUGGUUGAUAUUUUACCAAAUUUUACAUAUGUGAACGGAAAGUAAAA